GCCGUUGGACGCCUGCUUGUAAGAAACUACAAUCCCAUAAUGCAAUGCAAUCUUGGCAGUGUUACUUGUCGACGUGGGAAGUGAGGGCUUCGGACGCAAACAAAUGUCCACGGGUUUGUUAACCUACAGAAAACCGUGACAUGUCAGGUGGAUUUGCUAGGUAACUCCAUGACAUGAAAUAUGUGGCUCAAACCAGAAGAGAUUCUGCUGAAAAACGCGUUUAAAUUAUGGGUCACCGAGAAGGAUAACAAGUAUUUCGUACUGCAAAGGAGGCGAGGUUACGGAGACGGAGGUGGCGGUUUGACAGGCCUCCUUGUGGGAACUCUGGAUACUGUGUUGGACUCGACAUCCAAAGUCGCUCCCUACCGCAUUCUUCACCACACACCAGACUCACAGGUGUACUGGUCAAUAGCAUGUGGUGUCACCAAAGAAGAGAUUGUACAGCACUGGGAUUGGCUGCAACAGAACAUCAUGAGGACACUCGCUGUUUUUGACUCCAGCGAGGACAUCACCAGUUUUGUACAGGGCAAGAUCAGAGGUCUCAUUGCCGAGGAAGGGAAGGCAUCCCUGGUGAUGGAAGACGAUCCUGAGAAGUUCAGAGAAGCGCAUUUGAGAUUUGAGAAGUGGUUUGAACUGCCACCAGAAGAAAAGCUGGUCACGUAUUACUCAUGCAGCUACUGGAAAGGCAAAGUGCCCUGCCAGGGCUGGCUCUACCUCAGCACGAACUUCCUGUGCUUCUAUUCAUACCUGCUGGGAUCUGAGGUGAAAUUGGUCAUCUCCUGGGACGAGAUCUGGAGGUUGGAGAAAACCUCUAACGUUCUUCUGACUGAGAGCAUCCAUGUCUUAGCUCAUGGGGAGGAUCAUUACUUCUCCAUGCUGAUGCACCUCAGUGAAACCUUUGUUAUCAUGGAACAGCUGGCUGAUUACUCCAUCAAGCGCCUUUUUGAUAAAGAGGCCUUCCAGAGAGAGCCAGCACUCUCUGACCCCCUUCAAAUUACUAAGAGAGGUCUAGAAGCACAUGCAAGGAGUGAGCAGUUCCGCACAUUUUUCAGGCUUCCCAGAGAGGAAAACCUGUUAGAGGUGUAUGAGAGCUUCCUGUGGGUGCCCUUCAGCCAUUUCAACACACUUGGCAAAAUCUGUCUAUCUGAGAACUACCUGUGUUUUGCCAGCCAGGAUGGAAGCCAGUGUCAUAUCAUCGUUCCAAUGCGAGAGGUCGUUAAUGUUGAGAAUCCAGACUCCAGCAGCAGGGCUUUAACGGUAUGUGUGCGUGGCAAGACAGCGCUGCGUUUCUCUGAGGUGCGGGACUACCAGCGGCUUGCCAGCACGAUCCGUAGCAGGUGUGGAAUUAGUGCCAGCCCUCAGCACUCUGCUUCAUCAGAGGUCAUACGAGGGGAAUGUCAGUCACUCAUCAACCAUUUUGAGGACAAUCCAGAGGAUGUAACACUGAUGGUGGGACAGAAAGGCAGCAGCAAGGCUGUAAGCACCGAAGCUCUCAUGACUGUUUUCCACCCCCAGGAUGUUGAAAACCUUGACCCCAAAAUGCUUAAAGAAAAGAUGAAGGAGCAGUCUUGGAACAUUCAUUUCUCUGAAUAUGGACGUGGAACGAGUAUGUUCUUUACAAGGAAGACACGAGACCUGAUUGUUCGUGGUGUUCCUGAGGCUUUGAGGGGAGAGCUGUGGAUGCUUUUUUCAGGAGCUGUGAACGACAUGGCCAAUCACCCUGGCUAUUACACUGAGCUGGUUGAACAGUCUCUGGGCACAAGCACUCUGGCUACAGAUGAGAUUGAAAGAGACCUGCACCGCUCUUUGCCAGAGCACCCAGCCUUUCAGAGUGACACAGGAAUCUCAGCACUACGCCGAGUCCUUACUGCCUACGCCUAUAGGAACCCAAAAAUUGGAUACUGCCAGGCCAUGAACAUUCUCACCUCAGUUCUUCUGCUCUACGCAAAAGAAGAAGAGGCUUUCUGGCUCUUAGUCGCUGUCUGUGAGAGGAUGUUGCCAGAUUACUUUAACCGUCGAAUUAUCGGCGCUUUGGUCGACCAGGCUGUAUUUGAGGAUCUGAUUCGAGAAAACCUCCCCCAGCUGGUGGAUCACAUGACUGACCUGAGUUUCUUCUCAUCUGUGUCCUUGUCCUGGUUUCUCACUCUCUUCAUCAGUGUCCUGCCCAUAGAGAGUGCUGUGAAUGUGGUGGACUGUUUCUUCUACGAUGGCAUAAAAGCCAUCCUGCAGCUUGGCCUGGCUGUGCUGGAAUACAACAUGGAAGCUCUGAUCACCUGUCACGACGAUGCAGAGGCCGUCACCAUACUCAGCCGAUUCUUUGACAGUGUGACAAACAAAGACAGCCCUUUGCCUCCAACAGUGCAGCAAGCACCAGUGGGCAAUAGUGAUAAAGCAUCGCACUUUAAUGUGGAUAUCAGUGAACUGAUCCGAGGGGCCUAUGAGAAAUAUGGACAUAUCCGCUCAGAGGAAGUUGAGAAGUCACGGAAAAGAAACAAACUGCAUGUGAUCCAGACACUGGAGGAUACAACCAAACAAAAUGUUAUUCGGGUGGUGUCCCAAGAAGUCAGAUUCAGUUCCUCACAGCUUGAUGAGCUUUAUAAUUUGUUCAAAAGGCAGCAUUUCCUCAGCUGCUACUGGACAAUGCAGAGUCCAGCUCUGCUCCAUCAUGACCCCAGUCUGGCCUAUUUGGAACAGUAUCAGUUAGGUUUCCAGCAGUUCAGUGUGCUCUUCUCUCUGCUGGAGCCCUGGGCUUUCUGCAGCACCAAGAACCCCCUUUGCUUCUGGGUCUUCCGUCUGAUAGAUGAGAACCAGGAUGGCCUUGUCAACUUUAAGGAGUACUGCUGUGCCCUCGAUAUUUUGUACAGUGGAUCUUUCACAAAUAAGCUGAAAUUCCUCUUCAAGCUGCAUCUGCCACCAGCUUUUACAGGUAGCCCUUUGCACUUAAAGGAACAAAGAAUCCAGCACUUUAUUCCACUGAAUGAGGACUCUUCUCACUUGAGUAGACUCUCUGGAUUUGAUCUUCCAGAAGAUGGUGUGAUAAGGAAGAGCCCAGAGAGAGGUAGAGGAAAAGUGGACCUGCAAGCCUACCUGAAGCAGUGGCAAAAUGAAAUACUUAAGAAAGAGGAAACUAUCAAGGACCUACCCCGAAUUAAUCAAACUCAGUUCAUUCAGUUCUCCAAGACCCUGUACAGCAUUUUUCAUGGCGAUCCAAAGGAGGAGUCUCUGUACCAAGCCGUGGCCCAUGUGACCAGCCUUCUACUGAGGAUGGAGGAGGUAGGACGAAGGCUGCAGGAGCCAAGCAGCCCACCUGAGUCCACGAAGCCUGCCAACACUGCUGCUGCAGAGGAGUCUUCUUCAACCGAAGAAGCCUCUACCAGUCCAGAGGGCUCUGACACCUCCAGCUCUCACACCAGUCAGGACGUGGGGGCCGAUCUCUCAGAAACAGAGUGGUCGUUUUCAUUCGAGCAGGUCCUGGCUUCUCUGCUCAACGAGCCAGUCAUAGUCGCCUUCUUUGAAAGGCCUGUUGAUAUUCAGACGAAACUGGGACAAGCUAAGGCUGCCCAGCUGAAGCUAAAAACAAAUAAGUGAAAGGAUACAUAAAGGAACUGAUACUUUGCUUCUGAUUUACACCUAGAGGUCAUAUUGGAGUUCUUUCUCCAUUUGGAUAGGGCAGGGAGUGAGGUUACUGUAGAAGUGACAUCAUAUUUUAAAAUCUGGGAUGCUGCAUGUGUGUGUAUGUGGCUUGGGUGUUCAGGCACGUGAUUAAAUAAAAUGAGGCGCGGACAUUGUAAACACUGUAACAGUCCACUGACCAACACCCUCAGUGCAAAUUUAUUUUUUUUUGGUAAGUGUCAUUGCAGACAUGCUGCAGGCUGUCGUUCCGCACAUCUCAUUAUGCAUUUUUUUAACUUCAUAUUGAAAUCUGUUCUCUCAUUUAGCCUCGGUUUCUUCAGAUUUGAGGCAUAGUUUAGCAUAUUUUCACCUGUAGCACAUAACAGUAUAGUUUUGUAUAGUACUGUCCUCUGUCUAGAAGCAUGACAGAAGAGUUUGUCCUUCCCGCUGUAGUCACUACACCUCUACGACAAAUGAAUUGCUGAAGUCCUCAGGAGGACUCUUUCUGGUUACCAUGAUAUUUUAUUUUUCAGAUUGCAGUCAAUGCUCCAUAAUAAGACAUCCUGUAAAUGCUAAUGUGUUCUGUGACUCCAUUGUUGUGGUAAGCGUACUCUGUAAACAUCAUCUUACUGUGAGAAACACCAGCUUUUUCACUUGAUACAGGCUGAGAAUAAACAGUAGUACACUGAGUGAGGACAAGCAGUAUGUUGUCCCCCAGAAGCCAUAAAUUGAUUCCAGAGAUUACUUGAAUUGGGAAAUGUCUUAUGGAGAGUAAAAAAAAAGAUUCAGUUAUGCCACAGCAUACUCAUCUGUCUUGUACCUCCAACAGCAGCACAUGCAGUAACAAUACUGUGGUGACGUGACUUUAUACUGAAACUAUAAUCUGUAAAGAUAAAGUUUGAGUUUGACAAUGCUGCUGCAGGGAAAUCUCCUGCUUCUGUCUCUAAGAUACUCUAAGAAAUAUGUGUGUGUGAUCCUCACAGUGCAACGGUUUGAUGUCCUGUUUGCUUAUGUCUCUCUAACUGUAUGUCUAUGAUGUUAUGCCCUAGUAUAAGUGCAGAAUUUCUAUUUUACAUAAAUGUCAGCUCAAGUUUUGUUUGGUUAUUGUAUUUAUGAGGCUUGUAUUGACAGUAUAAGAUAUGAGCUAGUGCACUGUUGUGGACACAACUUAAACCUUCUGAAGGACUUUUUGUUUCAUCAAAUCUCAGGGUGCAAUUUAUGUAAAAUAAAAUGGAGAUAAGGGAUAUUUUUCAACCUGGGACAAAUAAAGUAUAUAACUGAA